AUGACAUCUACUGCCCGACGUAACAAAGGCAAAGGCCGCGCAAUGGAGGAUGAAAAGGUGGUAGCUGCGCUUCCGCUCGGAAAGCAGCUCGCACAUACCGAUAAGGCUGUGCGGGAUCGCGCUAUCCGUUCUCUCGUGGCUUUCGUCUCACGUGGAGGUGCCCCUGCGCAGGAGGCCGAAUCGAGCAGCUACGUCAGGCUCGAAGACGCCGAGAUGGCCAAGCUCUGGAAAGGGUUAUUCUACUGUUUCUGGAUGUCGGACAAACCCCUCAUUCAACAAAGCCUAGCCACCUCCCUCUCCUCCCUCUUACUCUCCAUCUCCCCCUCCCUCCCCUCCACCCUCUCCCCCGCCGAAUGCUCCUCGGCUCGCCUCUCCGCCUCGCUCGACUACUACCGCGGCUUCUGGGAGGCGAUGGUGCGCGAAUGGGAAGGUCUCGACCGAUUACGGAUGGACAAAUUCUACUUGCUCAUCCGGCGGUUCGUCAGUGCUUCUUUUGGACUGCUGGCGCGGGAAGAAUGGAGCCAGGAGGGGGUGGAGGGGAUGUGCGAGAUUCUGGUCGGGAAGAAUGGGCAGGGUCCAUUGAACUACUCCAACCCCAAGAUCCCAAUCUCCCUAUCAACCCAUCUAUCCGAUAUCUACCUCUCCGAGCUCGACUCUAUCCUCUCCUCCUCUCCCACCCCUGCACCCCUCAUUCCCCUCCUCCAACCCUUCAUCGCCCUGCUGGCCAACUCGCCUACCCCCGUCGUAUACAAACGCCUCAUCGAUACUCUGUUUGCCCCCCUCCUCGCGGCGCUCUCGACAGGCUCGGCCGAUAUCGACGCACCGGCCCUCCCAAAGAAGCGAAAGAGGGCGGAUGAGGUGUACCCUCAUAUACUGAUGAACUGCAGUACGGGCCACGGAGGGGGCAAGGCGAGCGUGGACGAGCUGAGGAGCGCGCUGUUGCAGGCACUGUUUAUGGAGGCUGCGAAAGUGGGAAGCAGGGAGAGUAAUCGGAGAAAAAUAUAUCAGUUGUGGCGCGAAGAGGGCGGUGAUGACGAGUAG